CUAGUCAUCUGAUAGUGUUAUCAAAUUUCAUCACCAAGUUCUCAGAACUCAAAACUCAUGUGAUUCUGCUAACAUCAUGGCUGAAGCUUCAAUUCUCCCCGCUGAGGUUUUGCUAUCUAAGCGUGUCCAGGAAAUGGUCUUGAAAGGCGAAGAACCACCGCCAAAAUAUGUUUGUAGAGAUGGUGAUGCAGUUCAUGAGGUUGCUGCUCCGUUUUCUAUGAUUCCCAUAAUUGACCUUAGUCUUUGCGCGUCAUCGACUCCUGGUAUGGGGCAACAGGAAGAACUGCAGAAGCUGAAAUCAGCACUUUGCUCAUGGGGUUGCUUUCAGGCAGUAGGUCAUGGGAUUUCCAGUACAUUUCUAGAUAAAUUUCGCAAAGUUUCAAGGGAAUACUUCGAACUGCCCAUGGAAGAGAAGAAGAAGCAAGCGAAAGGAGUUGAAGAUUUCGAAGGCUAUGGAGCUGACCCUGUACCUGAAGAAGGUCAAUUCUUGGAUUGGUCUGACAGGCUCUUCCUCGAAGUAUACCCAGAAGAUCAAAGAAAUCCUAAAUUAUGGCCAGAAAAACCAGAAUCUUUCAGAGGUAUAUUAGAAGAAUACUCUAUAAAGAUGAAAAAGGUAACAGACCUUACUUCCAAAGCCAUGGCUAAGUCAUUAAACAUAGAAGAAAAUUGCUUCUUGACACAGUUUGGCGAACGAGCACAGCACCAAGCAAGGUUUAACUACUACUCGCGUUGCCAAAGACCUGAUCUUGUUCUAGGCUUAAAACCACAUUCAGAUGGAUCUGGCUACACCAUUAUACUGAUGGAUGCAGAAGGUCUUCAAGUACUCAAAGAUGAGCAGUGGUUUACAGUACCUAAAAUCUCUGAAGCUCUCCUAGUCCUUAUGGGCGAUCAAAUGGAGAUAAUGACUAACGGGAUAUUCAAGAGCCCAGUGCAUAGGGUGGUGACUAGCAAAGAAAAGGAGAGGAUUUCCGUCGCUGUUUUCUAUUCACCUGAAGUAAACAAAGAGAUUGGACCAGAAGACAGAUUUAUCAAUGAAGAAACACCAAGAUUAUUCAAGAAGGUGAAAGGAUACCCUGAUAUACACUGGGGAUACUACCAGAAAGGACAGAGAGCACUUCAUGUUGCCAAAGUGUGAUAUUAUACUGUACUGUUCUGUGUGUUUUGUGCAAAUUGAUAGCUGCAUAGUGAAAGAAAUAGAGCGUAUUUGAUAUCAAAGAAAACAAACA